AAAAUCGAUUUUGGAAGAAAAUACUAAGCAACCAAAAACACUCACAAAAGUGAAAAACCCAAAUAAAGUUUUUAAAGAUUUUAAAAUAAUACACCAGGAAGAUGACAAAUGAUCAGCAGUAUCAGGAACCAGAAGCCGAAAUAGAAAAUGUCCGAGUUGUGGUACGGGCAAGGCCCAUGGAUAAAAAUGAAGUGGCUGCGGGUGCACUGGGUGUAAUCAAAGUGGACAAACUGAAAAGGGCUAUUACAGUAGUAAAGCCUCAAGCCACUGCCAAUGAGCCACCUAAAACAUACUACUUUGAUAAUGUUUUCGAUGGUGAUAGUAGCCAAUUGGAUUUGUAUGUGGACACUGCCAGACCGAUUGUGGAAAAGGUCUUGGAAGGCUAUAAUGGCACCAUCCUGGCAUAUGGUCAAACGGGCACCGGUAAAACCUACACCAUGUCAGGCAAUCCAGAGAGUCCUCAAACCAAGGGAAUUAUUCCAAAUGCUUUUGCCCACAUCUUCGGUCACAUUGCCAAGGCUAAAGAAAAUCAGAAAUUUUUGGUAAGGGUAAGCUAUAUGGAGAUCUACAAUGAAGAAGUUCGCGAUUUGCUGGGAAAGGAUGUAACAAAAAGCCUAGAAGUCAAAGAACGACCUGACAUAGGUGUGUUCGUUAAAGAUCUCAGCGGUUAUGUGGUACACAAUGCCGACGAUUUGGAGAACAUUAUGAGAUUGGGCAAUAAAAAUCGAGUUGUGGGAGCUACCAAAAUGAACCAAGAAUCAUCACGUUCACAUGCCAUAUUCUCCAUAACCAUUGAGCGCAGUGAAUUGGGAGAAGGGGGCCAGCAACAUGUAAGGAUGGGAAAAUUGCAACUCGUCGAUUUGGCCGGCUCUGAGAGGCAAAGCAAGACUCAGGCCACCGGACAACGUUUAAAGGAGGCUACAAAAAUUAAUUUAUCCCUUUCGGUAUUGGGCAAUGUCAUAAGCGCAUUGGUGGAUGGCAAAAGUUCUCACAUUCCAUACAGAAACUCUAAAUUGACUCGUUUAUUGCAAGAUUCCUUGGGCGGUAAUUCGAAGACCGUCAUGUGUGCCACCAUAUCGCCAGCAGACACUAAUUAUAUGGAAACCAUUUCCACUCUCCGAUACGCUAGUCGCACCAAAAACAUCACAAAUCGUAUGCAUGUCAAUGAAGAGCCAAAGGAUGCCCUGCUCAGGCAUUUCCAGGAAGAAAUUGAACGUCUACGCAAACAAUUGGAGGAAGGUUACGAAGAGGAGCAACUCGAAGAAGAGGUUGAGGAGGUGCAAGAAGAAGAAGAUGAUGACGAGGAGGAAAUAGAAGCCGAGGUAUUGGCUCAGAACCAGAAUGAAAUAACCGAAAAAGCCUUGGAGAAGCAGCGUUUGCGAGAAUUGAAACAAGCCAAGAAGGAGGCUCUAGAGAAACGCAAACGUGAACAUCAAAUGGAAAUAUCUAAGACCAAGUCGGAGCAAGAACAGUUGCGCAAUAAACUUCAGUCUUUGGAAGGCAAGAUUUUGGUAGGUGGUGAAAAUCUUUUGGAAAAGGCCCAGACUCAGGAAGAGCUGUUAGAACAAUCACUGAAGGAGUUGGAAGAACGGGAGAAAGCCGAGCAAAUGUUGCGCGAAACAUUACAACAAAAAGAAACUGAACGCAUUGACAUCGAAGAACGUUACUCAUCGCUACAGGAAGCCAAUACCGGCAUAACGAAGAAAAUUCAUCGCGUUAUGCAAAUGUUGAUGGGUGUUAAAUCCGAAUUAGCUGACCAACAACAAGAACAUCAACGUGAAAAGGAGGCCAUUUACGAAAACAUUCGCUCACUUUCACGCGAAUUGGCUCUGUGUGAGCUGGUGUUGAAUUCAUACAUACCCAAAGAGUAUCAAACAAUGAUUAACGAAUACACCCAUUGGAAUGAAGAUAUUGGUGAGUGGCAAUUGAAAUGUGUUGCCUACACCGGUAACAAUAUGCGCAAACAUAUUACCGACUCCAAAGCUUCGACCAAAGAUAACAACGAUUUUGUGGACUUAUCACAUGUCUAUCUCAGCUACAAUUCCGAUUCGGUAACACAACCUGUUCGUGUCAAGUCAUCGAUAGCACGUCCACGUACAUCAGGUGUUCCCAGACCUACUACAGCGCGGCGAUAUUGAGCUGAUCUUUAUAUUCCCCCCGUGGGAUAUCAUCACUACGAUUGUCAUGUAUCUCAGCUAUCUCCAGAUUUUUUUGCAUCUCUGCUUCGUUCCCAGUGCUGGUUUGUCCUUGCUUUGUUUUUCACCUACUAUUGCUUUCACCUAAUGGUCUCAUCGGCAAAAUCAUAAGCAUUACUCGAAUACUCAUCCCAAGAAAAAAAGGAAUUUCUCGAUCAAUUAAGUUGCAUUAUAAGUAUUAUUUCGUUAGCAUUUCUUUCAGUCGUCCCAGCUACUUACUCUACUGGCUAGAACUACAACACGAAAACACCACUAAGUCAUCAUCAGCAAAACUAUAUAGCAAUUAUAUACUUACAUAGCAUACGAAAUAAGUGCAAUAAUAAUCAUACAUACAUAUUUAUAGAUAUUUAUUUUAUGGCAUUUACAUUUUAAACUCUGUCAAAAUAACCAGAAAUAUUCACAAAUAAAAUAUUAUUUACACCAUACAACCUACAA